AGGCUGUGGGAGAGGGGAGCCUUGGACUUGGAGUUCAUGGGAAGCAAAGCAGUAGGAACCAGCCUGCAGGCUCCCCCUGAAAUGGGAAGGCAGCCCAAGGAGGCGGGUCAGGAGACUCGGGAUUGAAGAGGUUCAGGAGGAAAUCUCUUGGACUUUGGACCCUUGGAUUUUCCUGACCCCUGAAGCAAUUGCUGUGUGGAGCGGAGGACAUUGAGGCCCAGAGAGGGAAAGUGACUCGCCCAGAGACACACAGGGCUCCAUGAUGAAUGCUUCUCAAAAGAAAGGUCUUGAGGAGCAGAGGCCUCUCCACAUUGUCACCCCUCUCCUGGAAAGUUGGACACUAUCCCUGGCUGCAGGCACCACUGUGUUCCUCAAGCUUGAGAAUGUCCAGCCUGCUGGCUCCUUCAAGAUCAGGGGCAUCGGACACUUCUGCCAGGAGAUGGCCAAGAAGGGCUGCAAACACUUCGUGUGUUCCUCAGGGGGAAAUGCAGGUGUGGCUGCUGCUUAUGCUGCCAGAAAGCUGGGCAUCCCAGCCACCAUUGUGCUGCCCAAGGGUGCCAACCCAACUCUGCUUUGGAGGCUGGAGAGGGAGGGGGCUGAGGUGCAGAUGGAGGGGAAGGUGUGGGAUGAUGCCAAUUUGAAGGCCCAGGAGUUGGUCAGAAUGAAUGGCUGGGUCAAUGUUCACCCCUUUGACCACCCACUGAUCUGGGAAGGCCAUGGCAGCAUGAUUCAUGAACUGAAGGAUACUCUGGGUGCCAAGCCAGGUGCCAUCAUCCUCUCUGUAGGGGGUGGGGGCCUCCUGGCUGGCGUGGUGGCAGGAAUGAAGGAGGUAGGCUGGCUGGAUGUGCCCAUCAUCGCCAUGGAGACCCGGGGGGCUGACAGCUUUAACCAGGCCAUUCAGGCUGGGAGACUUGUCACCUUGCCUGACAUUACCAGCCUGGCAAAAUGUCUGGGGGCCAAGACAGUGGCUGCCCGGGCGCUGGAGUGUGCCAGUGAGUGCCAGGUCAUCUCAGAGGUGGUGGACGAUGAGGAAGCCAUACAAGCCGUUGAACGCUUCCUUGAUGACGAAAGGAUGCUGGUGGAACCUGCUUGUGGGGCUGCCCUGGCUGCCAUCUAUUCGGGCUGCCUGGGCCGGCUCCAGGCUGAGGGCUGCCUCAGCCCCUCCCUAGGCUCCAUCGUGGUCAUCGUGUGUGGUGGGAACAGCAUUCAUCAGGCUGAGCUCAGGGCCCUCCAAGCCCGACUGGGGAGAAGCUGAGUGACCUCACCCUUCCAGGCCCUACUUGGGAUUAGACUCUCCGUUGAACUCCUUGGUGAUGAAAUGAUGCUGUCACAAAGUAACCCUGGAGAAAAUGACCUUUGUAGCCCUGUCCUCCUCCGGGAAGCCUUCCCUGAUCACUCCAAUCCCGUGAUUUCUCUCUUGUCUAACUGUUUUCUUCUUUGUCUCCCUAACUAGAUUGCAAGCAGGCAUGUGCCUUGUAUUUUUGCAUCAACUUCUCAACCUAAUCUCCUAAUAGUAGCACAGGCCUGGGGUCAUAGCAGACACUCAAUAAAAAUUUCAUAGUUUAAAUUGGGUCCAUAGAAUCUUUGAACCUUGGGACUGGAAAGGACCUUAGAGAUACCCCAUUUUACAAUGGAGGAAAGUGUGUCUCUCCUUUACUGAGAACCCCUCGAUGGCUCCCUAUUGAACAUACAAUAAAGUGUUGUAGUUGUUCAGUCA